AUGCAAACAGCACUGGCAGAUACAGAGCCAUUUGAGGUCCAGCUCGCCUCAUUCAACGUCUUCCACCAUGGCAAGAGCUGCACUGUGUGGCUGCAGCCAACUCCCUCGCCGCCUCUUAUCGCCCUUCAGCAUACGCUGGAAGCUGCUUUUCCUGAGUGCAACGACCUCAGCCAAAUCGUGGCUGACCGCUUCUGCCCUCACGUCUCCGUUGGCCAGUGGCGCACAAGGAAGGAGGCAGAAGCAGCCAUCAGUUCGUUCCGGCAAACAUGGACGCCUAUCACCUUUCAAGUAUCCUGCGUCUCGCUUAUCAGUAGGCAAGGUUAUCACGAUCCUUUCAAUGGACAGGUGCAAGUGCCUCUAGGUGCUGCUAAUUCAUGA